UUGAGUGCACGAUGUGAAAAUAAAUUUCAUUCCGGAAAGUUAUUUUGUUUUCUUGUUUCGUCGGUGUGUCAAAAUCAUAAACAACGACAUUUACGAAACAUUCACCGAUACGGAGCGUCUGAUUGGAGAUGUCGGAUCAAAUCCGGUCAUAAUGAAUCCAACCAACAUCAUCUUCGAUGGUCCGCCAUUUAGACGAACAUGGAACACUGGUUGGAUGGGGUCUCGAUACAGGGCAAGCCAAGAUCCUGGACGAAUGAAAAAGUCCCAAGCAAAUCCACAAUCAAAACAACAGUCCUCCUUUCCACUCAUCAAACCAGAAGGCAACAUAUUUUUGGUGCCCCUCCAUCGUUUUGCUGAAAUGGGAUCGAAGCGGAAAGCUAGAGCUCGGCUCGGUCGGUUGACCGACAAAAGCGCAAGGAGCAUAACGCCAACACCAUCCAGUGGAAGCAGCAAACGACCGCUUCGUAAACGAAUGCCUUUUUGGAAAAGUUGCGAUGGGACCGCCGCGGAAAAUUCCAAAUCAUAAGCAGACGAAGACUGCAGCUCAAGAAUGUAAUGAAGGUGUUACUGAUCUCCGACACGACUCCGAAUAAAUCUAACCACAGCACUCAAUCGUGGGUCAUCUGAGCGACCCGCACGUAAUUUUCUGGUUGGCGUUUGAUCGCUUUUCGCAGCUUUUCAUAGCACCACUGUACCACCACCGCUACUACCACCCAGAUCAGUCAAUCACACCAUGUACAAUACUAUGUAGCACUUGUCGCUUAAAUUAAACAUAGUGUGGAACAUAUGCCUAGUACCAAUUGCACUU